GUGAUAUUAGAGGGGAUGGAGGGGUUUGGAUUUGAAUCGAUAGACAGGUAAUUAGAUAAAGACAAAUAGACAAUAAGAGCAAGAGAGGGUUUAGUCGGAGGUGGGACAGAAAGAGAUAUAAACAGACUGACUGACUGAUAAGACAAAUAGCCGGCAAGGUAAGGUAGACAGUGACAUAGAAGUAGACUUAGAUAUCGAUAAAUGGACUGACCAGACGACCGAUAGACAAUGACAUACAGAUAGGUAGGUACAUAUACUGAUAAGCUGUUGAGAUAGUUUGGUGGACGAACAAAGUAAAGGUAUCCAGCGUACAAUAACCAACUUGUGUGUGUAUCUGUGUUUAAACAACAUCGAUUUGUCCUGUGAUUGAACCUCUACAAGAAAUAUAUAUUAAGAUCUUAGAAUGGAAAAUAUUGAGAAACAGAGAGAUCGAUAGACAAGGAAACUAUAAUAUAGUUUGGUUAAACGUCAGAAACUGCUCGACAACAGUAAUGGAGAUUGAUUUACUUUCAACGAGAUUGGUAAACAAGACUGUUCCUCAGUUGCAGAUUUUAUCCCUAUUUACUUUGAAUUCUUCUGAAUACUUCAAGAAUGUUCUGUAUCGAAGUUUUUCUUGGCUCUACAGUAAUUCUAUCCAGAGUUUGAGUAACAACGUUUUGGCUCAAGAUAUCCAGAGGGAAUCCACACUCAGUAAAGGAAUAUUGGAUGUAUAUAAGUCUGGAGUAAAUCCACUCUCUACGGGUUCUUCAUCUUGUUCUGCUUCAGAAUCUUCUUUCUUCAUUGUUGAUGUGACCCAAGAAGGCAAACUAAGUUAUAUUCCAACACCUAAUUAUUAUUAUUCUGAUUACAUCAAUAGUUUGUCUCCAAAUCACAGCCAAAUGGCCACUAAAACAUCCAAGUUCAAUCGCAGAAAAUCCCUGUCAUCAAUUUCUAAGAGUUCUGAUUCCAUAGAACAGGAUGUGACACCUGUUAAAAGUGAUUCAUUCUCAAAAUCUGGUUGUUGUGAAGAAAAUGAAAAUAUACACAAGACUAAAAGAAGUCGGUAUUCUCUAGAUGUGAAAAACAGCCACAGACAUUGUUCUAGCCCUAAGUUGCACAGUUACAAAAGCAUAGCUAGCAGCAGUCCAAAAAGAAGAAGGCGUCAUACUUAUUCCACGAGUUCCAGUUUCAACAAAGAAGAAAGAGCCCAUUACAGAUCCGAUGCCAAUUGGUCUAAAAUGCUUGUUUCUCCAAAUUGCAACACAUCACUAUUUGCGUCACCUGUCACUUUGCCAAAGGAUGCAUCAAGGUCUUUGACCCCUCCACAAACCCAACUGAACUUCUUAACAUCAACACCUCUAUCUGUGAAAAGUUCUAUGGGGAAUCAAACCUCUGACAGCACCAGUAAACGUUGGAAGUUUGAGAAAUACUUAUCACAGCAUAAACUAGAGAGACUUUCCAAGUCAUUGUCAGGGACACCGCAAUACUACAAAUGGAAAAAACACUCUCGUAAGAAACUCUCUGAAGCUUUCCCCUUCUCUAGAUCCUUGGUAGAUAACCACAUGAGCUUGUAUAACACAAGCAGUAGCAGCAGCAGUAGUAGUAGUAGUUGUAGCAGCAGUAUCCCUAGCUAUGGUAAAAACUGGAAGAAAAUGUUUCUGGACAAAUGUUCAAACCUUGCUAAUUCCUUUAUAGAUUCCCAUUGUCAUGUUGACUUCCUCUUCAACCGUCUACCAUUUAAAGGGUCUUUUAAGAAAUAUCGUCUUGACAAUGCUGAUACAUUUCCUGCCAACUAUGGAGGAUGUGUGGCUGUGUUCUGUGAACCAAAAAGCUUCAGCCCAGAUGGAAGUCUGUGGAAAAGUCUGAAUAAUGAAAGUGAGAUGUGGUUUGCUAUGGGCUGUCACCCCAAAAAUGUUGAGAACUUUGAUAGUGCUGCUGAGAAGGGACUCCGAGAAUGCAUAGAACAACCCAAAGUGGUCGCUAUUGGAGAAAUUGGUCUAGAUUAUUCUGGAAGGUUCUGGGAAACAGCAUCUCUUCAAAAGAAAGUGUUCAUUCAUCAGAUCAAGCUGGCUCUUACUGUACAGAAACCACUGGUGAUUCAUUGUAGGGAGGCACAGGAUGAUUGUCUACAGAUCCUUAAGAAGUAUGUUCCAGUGGAUUACCGUAUUCAUUGCCACUGUUUCACCAAAUCAUUCAAGUAUGCUAAGGAGUGGCUGUCCUACUUCCCGAACCUCUUCAUUGGCCUCACUCCUUUGGUGACCUACCCAUCGGCCCUUGAAGUACACAACACAGCCUAUCACAUUCCUCUUGACCGACUUCUCCUGGAGACAGACUCACCAUAUUUUGUACCUAGACUUGUGCCACGGGGAUACAUGAAAUUCUCUCAUCCAGGUUUUGCUGUUGCAGUUGCAUUUGAAGUGGCCCAACUAAAGGAUGUCCUUAUUGAUGUGGUACUAAAACAUUGCUGGCAGAACACAAAGAAGAUGUAUGGCAUCUAAGAGGUUUAUGCGAUAGUUCACCAGACUGAUGUACUGAUGUUUACACAUGCACACACAUACAUACUAACAUGUAUGCACACAUUCACACAUACAUACAUACAUACAUAUAUAUAUAUAUAUAUAUAUAUAUAUAUAUAUACAUACAUACAUAUACAUACACUCAGACACACAUAGGCACAAACCUACACAUUUCCCAAACAACUAGUAAACUUUAACAUUUAAUCUAAUGUUCUAAAAAUAAGAAAUAUUUAAUUUUUAA